AUGGCUGGUCUGCAAAAUUAUAGCAGUCCCUCUUUUUUCAAAGUGAUGUCUGGAGAUUUCUCAAAAAAGCUUAAGAUACCAGUAAAUUUCAUUGAGAAAUUUAACGGGGUGAUACCCUAUGAUUCGGUAUUUCCUUCUUCUAUAAGUAGCAAUGGCGCAAAAUCGGUUCCCUCAAGGAAGCGGAAAGAAUGUGAAGAAACAAGCAAGGGAACAUUCACUAAUUAUGGCUCCCAGUUUGAUCACUAUAAGUAUCAUGCAGGUGAUAUUGGAAGAGAUUCAUCAUUUGGUUCAGACAAAAGGGACUGUGGAUUGUUUAAAUGUGAAGCAGUGAAGAAAAAGGCAAUUGUCAGUAAGCGAAGGACAGGGGUUCAUCAAGCAGAGUGUCCGGGUAUAAGAAGAAAGCCGUACUUUAUCGCUAUUUGGACAGAAAAUAAGAAAUAUCAGAUGGAGAUUCCCGGAAAAGUGGUAAGAAAAAUCGGAAGGACAUUGUCUGAUAUUGUCGCUCUGAAAAGCGCUGAUGGUAUACUUUGGAAUGUGGAACUGAAGAGAUCUGAAGGCAAGGUUUGGUUUUACAAAGGUUGGAAGGAAUUCACAGAACAUGAAUCUUUAAGGGAUGGUCAUGUUUUGGGAAUCAGUUACAUUGGGAAUUCACAAUUCAGUGUGUGUAUUACCAAUGUUAUGGAUCAUUUAGGCGAUUCAAGAAACCAAGGAGAGUCUAAUCCUAAAAAAAGGCCUUGUUUGAGCAAAAGGGUAGCAGAUGAUGAUGACAUGAUUUUGUUGGACUCGCCAGCUCCUAUCUCGAACUCAUGUUGAAAGUAAGACAAAUGAGGAAAGAAGGAAGUUGUCAUUUCCUCCUGGUAUCGAUAUCCCCAUGCACCUCAACAAAAAUAAGGGUACAAAGUCUUUGGUCUGUGGUGAAACCAAGUCACCGUAUUUAGAAAAUGAAAGAACUCCAUCAGGUGAACGCCAACUUGUUGUUAAAGGAGAAGAGAGUGAAGACACGUCUGAUUCAGCGGACGCCUCAAAACUUUUCCGUAUAUCAUCACGGAGAGACAAAGGCAUUGAAAGAGUGGCUGAAGUAACCAGGUUAUUCGAGCGUCAGACUCAAUUUCCUUUCUUUGCAGUUUGUAUGCGAGAUACCUAUCUUACUUAUGGAUAUCUGGUAAUAAUCUUCACCUAAAAACAUCACUCUUUAAUAUAUUUAUUUCCUUUCUUAUGUCUGGAAAAGGAAUUUUAUAUGCUUAGCUAACAGUUAUUCCACAUCAUGCAAGUUUUUCGCUAGGAUGCGUCGAAGCAGAAAACCAAAUAGUGUUCCCAUAAGCAUUUUUAUUAAUACGAAGUUUACCAUGUGAUGUGCUUGUACUUGAAGUGUGUAAACACGGGUUGCAGUUCUGUUUUCUUUGCAUUUUGACUUGGCUUGAGUUUUGUGAGGGUACUAAUGAAUAUUCUUGAUUGUAGAAGCUGGAUUUUAAAACUUUGCUUGCCGAACACAUUGUUGUACCUUACCAAAGUUGUAGCAGCCUUUUGAAUAUUGAUUUU